UUGGUUGAAACGGAUGGUUCAUCCAUGAUUCCUCCAGCAGUGCUUCGUAUACUAAAUUUUAAAGCCUGCAGAGGUGCCAUAAUGUUUGGAGAUGCAUUGCUGCCUUCAGAAUGUUCCCUCAUUGUAGAAGAGCUAAAAGCAACUUCAUUGUGCUUCCAGUGUGCUCAUGGUCGACCAACCACUGUUCCUCUUCUUAAUAUAUCGGCACUGCAUGAACAGUUAUCCAGGCUUGACAUCCCGAUAGCUGAGCAGUGCUCAGAUUCGUGGCAUGGGUUGCGCCGUCACACACUGAGCAUCAAACGUGCAUGCCAAAGAUUAGAGUCGUGUAAACGGUUUCUCCAUUGAUUAUCAUGUGUGUUAUGGAAGGUAUUCUCUCUUCAAUGCACUAAUUGUAUAUGUGGAUGAUGUACCUUAUGCAACUCAUCUGUAGCUCCCAUUCUUUGAUGACAUGAUCCAUGGAAAAUAAACAUACAGUUUAUAUAGUUCCCUUUUUCUGAGAAUAAAUAUCACUUCUGGACAAUUGAGGUGCUGUAAUCAGAAGUAUCAGUGGUUUUCUUUCUCAUGCAUAAAUAUAUGUUUUUGC